AUGGAUUGCGGAGACGACACUUUGAUCUUACAUAACGAUGUAACCUUACCUGAGGACAUCUUAAAGCUUAUGGGAAAAGAUGUAAAUACAGACCAAAGCGCUGUUUUUUCCCUGCACGAUCAACUUACUACGAUCUGGCAAACUAUUUUGACUAAUGGCUUGAAAAAAUCUGAUGCUCAAACGCUUUUUAAUGCAUACCAAACAUCAGAAAAACUAUCAUUCCUUAGACCUCCCGAAUUGAAUCCGGAAGUAAAGGCUGCCUCGUCAAAACAAAACAUCACUGUGGACGCAUCUUAUGUCGAGAUGCAAAAUCAACUAGGAAAAGGCCUGGCUGCACUAGGUAGAUCAAUUUCCACGAUUCUCAUUGAUUUAGAACAUAUGCCAGAUCAAUUCAAGGGCGAUUUCCUUACUAAUCUAUGUGAUAGCGGACGAAUUCUAACGAAUCUCUUCCAUCGCAUGUCGGUUACACGAAAGAACCUUCUUGUUCCUGGUCUAAAAAUAUCUAAAGAACUGGCAGAUGACUGCCUACCCGGAGAAUUUCUUUUUGGUUCUAAUUUAACUCAGAAAUUAGACACAGCAAAAUCUCUUCUAAAUGUGAGUAAGGAUCUGAAACUCCCGACUUAUCAGAAUAAAGUGGGCGCUUCUAAACCAGCACUCGCUCCCAGAAGGGCACAAAAAGGAGGAGGGGGACAAACCCGAGCUGUCUAUACAGAAACCUCAAGAUCAUCAGGGUCUUUGAACUCUCGCCCCCCGACUCACCGAUUGGGGUAG